UUUCAAGAGGUAUUUACUUAUACAUAGAUCAGUUAUAUAGCAUCAGUAAACAAAUAAUUGUCGUAAAUUUCCGAUUUAUGAAACGACAUUUACCUGGACUAAAAUUUGGAUUUUGAUUCAAAUUUAAUUCUAGAUUUAAGUAGUACUCUUAACUUUUUAAAGUAUAUCUAUUAAUGAAAUACCAUGUUUUUGUACACACAGGUGGAACAGUUGAUAUUGCUGUACAAGAAACGACAUCAGCAUCCGAAAUAAAAACUAUUUACAAGGUUUGCGGUGGGAACUUGGGAGGAACUAAAGUAGAUGAACGUUUUAUGAAAUUCUUAAAUGAAUUGAUCGGAUCAGAAAAUAUGAAACAUAUUAAAAACGAGGACAGGUCAGAGUACCUGGAAUUUUUACGAGGAUUUGAGUUGAAGAAGAGAACUUUCAACAUUGAUUCGAAAAACAGAGUUGCCAUGAAGAUUCCUCCUGCUUUUGUGGAAAUUUUUUCAGAAAAAAGUGGCGAAAAUUUCGAAAAUGCUAUCAAAACAUCAAAACACAUGACUGCAUUGUCAUUUAGUGGAGACAAGGUAAGUAUCGAUCAAUCCCUGUUCACAUCAUUUUUUGAGAGCUCGGUGAAUGAUAUCAUUUCUCACAUUAAAGAUAUUUUCGAUGCAGACAUUUGCCGUGAUUUAGGUGGGAUUGUGAUGGUUGGCGGAUUUGCCGAAAGUAUGAUUGUAAAUUCUGCCGUUAAAAAGGCUUUCCCAGACAAAAAGUUUAUUAUUCCAUUGGAAGCAGGGUUGGCCGUUGCCAAGGGGGCAGUCCUUUAUGGACACGAUCCUGACAUCAUAUGUUCCCGAAUAUGUCGGUAUACAUAUGGUAAGGGUAUAUGUGAACCGUUUGAUAAAGAUUUACAUGACGAAUUUAGGCAGACGACUAUUGAAGGAGAACUCUUUUGCUCCGGAUGUUUCCUAAAGAUUUUUACGAUCGGGCAAAAGGUAUUGGUUGGAGAAUCGGUGGAAAUGAGAUCCAUAUUUUCCUUUGUCGAUGAGGAUACGCAGAUGAUGCGCAAUUUUCCUAUUGAUAUACCUGUCUACAUUUCUAAAAAGGAGUCGCCGAUGUAUGUUGAUGAAGAGGGGUGUGUAUUGCUUGGAAAUCUUAAAAUAAAAUGUAAAAAUGGCCAAUGGCCUGAGAAAGUUCAUGUCACGGUUAAAAUGGAGAUCACAGGAACAGAACUAAAAGUAACACCCAGGAUGCAUUUCGGUGAACAAGUCACUGCAACGUUUGACUUCCUGUAA